AUGGUAUAGUGUGAAUAGUACCCAUUUUUUUAGAGAAUAUCUUUUUAAUAACUUAAUUAUAGAUUAUCUAACUACUAUUUGAAGAAAAUACAAUAAUUCCAACUUAUAUCUUAAUAUAAUUAUGUCAAUAUUAUUUUAGAUUCUUAUCUUUCUUUUGAAUAAUUUAAUCAUUUAUUGUUACUUAUUUCUUUUUAAGCUCUGAUAAAUAACAAUUAAUUUGUAAUAAUGCUAAAAUAUUAGAAGUCUAAUAUUUCUUCAUAUAGAGCUGUAUUCAAUGCUCUGUAGAUGUAAUUUGAUAUAUUUGGAUAACUACCCAUGUUCACAAUAUUAAAAAAAGAAAGAUUUUCUACAAGCUUCGGAGCUUUUUCCACACUAAUCAUUUUUGGAUUUUGUCUUUUGUAUUUAUGGAUUGAACUUGAAAAGUUAUUUAAUCGCAGUGACCCAAAUGUAAUCCAAUAUGAUUCUUAACUUCUAGAAAGUAGUGAAAUUCCCUUGAUGAAUAAAAAUUUUACAAUUGCAGUAACUUUAUCUGGAUUAAACACUUAACCAUUUAAGAAUGUCAAGAGGUAUUUUAGCAUUUCUGUAAAUACAUGUAAAAGAGAGAGGAUUUUUAAUAAAACAGAUAAUACUACAUAAGUUAUUUAAUAAUGCUAAGAAUAUCCAAUCGAAGCUUGUACAGUUAAUCAUGCAGUUACUGAAAGCUAAAAAGAGUAUUUUGGAAAACUUUAAUUAGGAACAGUUCAAUGCUUACAGAAUGAGGCCUGGGAAGCGAAUCCACCAAAGUUAUAGGGAGUAUUGCAAGCUAUGGAGUUUUAAUAUCUUCAAAUAUAGGUCCAAAUAUGUCACAACACGACAACCUAUAAUGAAUGUGCUCCUAUUGAAGAAAUUCAGGAUUUAGCAAAAGCAGGAUAUUAUGGUAUUCAUUUGAGUGAUAAUUUAUUAUAAUUGAAUGAGUUCCAAUAGCCUUUUUCACAAAUCCAAAGCAUGCAAUAAGCUUCAUUCUCCCUAAAAACAUCAAGAUCAAUCUAUUAAACUCUAAAAUAAGUUUAAAUAAUUACUGAUGAUGGAAUUGUUUAGGAAAAUCGAAAUUCAUUUUUUGGUUUAAUUUAAAAUUAAUGGAGAGAGGAAUCAUCUACUUACAAUAAUAUAUUUUUAAUUAACCAUUUUAUUUAUUUGGAUGGAAAAUAAUCUACUUAUUAAAGAAAUUAUAUCAAAAUUUAGGCAAUUCUGGGAAAAAUAGGAGGAUUUUGGAAUGUUGCAGUUCUAUUGUUUAAGAUAUUUGUUACUCCAAUAGUAAUAACUUUAAUGAAUGUGCAUCUUGUUAAUAAACUAUUCAGAUUUGAAAUCAAUGAGAGAUCUUAAUUAUUUAAAGAUGAAAUAAAAGAAGAAUCAUUAAGCGACAUAAGCAAAAGCUAAACUAUUUACAAAGAAUCUUCUUAAUAAUAAUAUGAUGUUAUUAAUUAAAAUCAGAAAAGAAGGAAACCAAAUAAAUUACAUUCAAAUAGAAGAAAUUAAUCUGAAAUUUAGAAAUAUUUAACGCAAUCCAAAUAGCAAUUAAAUUUAGGAAUAAUUGAUAUAUUAUUAGUCGCAUUUUGUUGUAAAAGAAAGGUUAAAUAAUAAAUUAGAUAUGCAAAAACUAAAUGUUAAUAAAAAUUAGAUGUGGCAUUGAUAAUAAGUAAAAUCUAUGAAUUUGAUAAGUUAAAAUAUGUGCUUUUCUCAAAUGAAUAGUUAAAUAUAUUUAAUUGUAUCCCUAAACCUAUAAUUCCAGCUGAUUUAUUUAAUAGAAAGGUAUCCGAUAAAAUUAAAGCUUUGGAAUAAUAAAAAUAAUAUUUAUUUAUGCUUGAAGAUGAAAUGCCUAUGAAACUUAAAUUAGAGUCAGCUUUUUCUAGUUAUAAAAAACUUAAAAAUAAAAAGGACAAAACAUAUACAGAUCAUUAACUACUUGAAUUUUUAGAUGAAGAUUUAGUAAAUUUGUUUGAAAAUCUUUCCAAAAAUGAAGAUGUAAUAGCUAAAGUGAAUGAUGACUUAAGUUCAGUUUCCAAUAGAGAUAAAUUGAAUUCUGCCUCAUUAAGUAGAUAAUUAAAUGUUUAACUAGAAAUUAGUUAAAUAAGCUAAUAUUGA